AUGGCGUCCACUAGUUCUGCGGCUGACCUCGCUGCGGAACUCGAGCAGCUUCUUCAGUACGCGAGCGAUGUGUAUGUAUCUAACCUUUGCACCGUUGCCGCUGCUGUAUGGCUAAGCUAUGAUAUCUUGGCUGCAUUGCCAAACGAGGCAUCAUACGUAUGGAACUGCCAAGGAUGGCUCUGGUACGAUUCAUAUAACGGCGCCCUAAUCACCGUGCUCCUCGGAGAAGCUAUGUUCUUGAUGCGACUAUAUGCAGCAUAUACGAGGAGCAAGCUACUCCUUGUUAUAAUCGCUCUCCUGUACACAGCUGAGCUGGCGAUCGGCGUCGCCACCGCGACCGCCGUCGCGACUUCUGUGGUAGCCAUCGAGCGGCCGUCUUCCUUUCCGAUUCCAGGAUGUCUCCUCACCCCACCCAAGUACCCCAGGUUGUCAAUUGCGGCAUGGUCUGUAGCCAUGUGCGCCUCAUGCAUCCAUUUCCUCCUCAUCCUUCAUAAAUUCGCUGGCGCAAUCUCGUUGACGAGACAGAGCACACCGCUCAACAGAGUCUCCAUUUGGGAGCUUGGCAGCAUCAGUCCGCUCAUGUGGUCGUUGGUACGAGACAGUGCGGUCUAUUUCUUCCUAGUGUUCGCGGUAAACCUUGUAUAUCUGCUCUUUGGGGUCAUGUUCCAAAGGCGUGCACUCACGGUUAUGAGCACAAGCUGGCUUGCCGCUGUCUACUCUAUUUCUGCAUUGCGCCUAUGCCUGAACACCCGUGAAUCCCUUCAACGCCAAACCUCCGAAGACGAUACCUUCGAAGACGUGUUGAACAUUUCCAAUCAAUUCAUAGCCCCGCCCAGGGGCACGAAUCCCGGCUAUGUCCAAUUCCGAGCUACUAGUACAAGCAGGAACACGCCCACGAUCGUGUCCAGCCAGAGCGACGUCAAGUUCAGCUUGCAACACCCGACGUUUGAUUCGGGCGGGAGGGAAGAUGGCUUGUGUCUCAGUCUACCGCCGGUGGCCAGAAGCAAGACGCGGACAUCGGCCGCCCUCAUCGAGGACUACGAGCCCAUCCCCGUCUCCCCAUGGACAUCUCACGAGCAUGCUCAUUCCGGGGAAGCGAUUAGGCAUGUCCUGCUCGCCGCAUACUAG